AUGGCCUUCUCACGCAAGUCCUCCUACAUCGCCCUCGGGUGCGAAGGCUCAGCCAACAAGCUCGGCAUCGGCGUCAUUCUUCACACUGCGACCGAGACAAAGAUCCUCUCCAACCUCCGCGACACCUUUGUCUCGCCCCCCGGCACAGGCUUCCUCCCCAAGGACACGGCCGCCCACCAUCGAGCACACUUUGUCCGUCUCGCCCGUGAGGCCCUCGCGGAGGCCCGUGUUUCUCCUGAGGAUGUCGACUGCAUUUGCUACACAAAGGGACCUGGUAUGGGCGCUCCGCUCAACUCGGUCGCUGUCGCUGCGAGGGCGCUGUCGUUGUUGUGGGAUCGGCCGCUUGUUGGCGUGAACCACUGUGUUGGACACAUUGAGAUGGGACGAUAUAUCACCGGCGCCGACAACCCUGUUGUGCUGUACGUGUCGGGCGGAAACUCGCAAGUUAUCGCCUAUGCCGAGCAGCGGUACCGUAUCUUUGGAGAGACGCUCGACAUCGCCGUGGGAAACUGCCUGGACCGGUUCGCCCGUACUCUAGAGAUCAGCAACGACCCCGCGCCGGGCUACAACAUCGAGCAGCUCGCCAAGAAGGGCACAAAGCUCCUCGACCUCCCCUACGCCGUCAAAGGUAUGGACUGCUCAUUCUCAGGCAUCCUUGCUUCUGCAGACGCGCUCGCAGCGCAGAUGAAGGCCGGCGCCGACUUUACCCCCGCGGACCUGUGCUUCUCGCUGCAGGAGACGGUCUUCGCCAUGCUGGUCGAGAUCACGGAGCGUGCCAUGGCGCACGUGGGUUCGUCGCAGGUGCUCAUCGUGGGCGGCGUCGGCUGCAACGAGCGGCUGCAGGAGAUGAUGGGCCACAUGGCGCGCGAGCGAGGGGGAUCCGUCUACGCCACCGACGAGAGGUUCUGCAUCGACAACGGCAUCAUGAUUGCCCACGCCGGCCUGCUGGCCUACGAGACGGGGUUCCGCACGCCCCUGGAGGAGAGCACCUGUACGCAGCGCUUCAGGACCGACGAGGUCUUUAUCGAAUGGAGAGACUGA